AAAAUGGUUCAUUCUUCUAAAGCUCCCAACAGGUCCUUGGGCCAGAUCCCGUGGGACCUCAUCCGGAUCUCGCGAUACGACAAGUACAACUCCUUUCUUUCCCUCUUCGCUGGAGUAUGGUCGACACUUCUUGCGGGGGGUACGCGCCUUCGCGAAGAUCCCAGCCACGUCUCCGUCACGUUUGUUCUGACUCGAGUUCUUCUCUGCUCCUUGGCCGCGUACAUCUUCUCCGGUGCAGGCAUGGUCUGGAAUGACUGGGUUGAUCGAGACAUCGACGCUCGCGUUGCCCGCACCAAAGAUCGUCCUUUAGCUGCAGGCAGACUCCACACGGCAGAAGCCAUGGUCUGGAUGCUGCUUCAAGCGGCCACGGCGACGACCUUCUUGUAUUGGAUGAUGGACGGUCAAUAUGUGUUGCACUCCAUGAUCCCCCCUACUUUGGGAACUUUGAUUUACCCAUAUUGCAAGAGACCGCUCGCACGCCGAAUUGGGAUCUAUCCGCAAUACGUUCUCGGUUUGACAGCAUCAUGUCCGGUACUUUUCGGCCGCGCCUCGAUUUAUCCCGAUCUAGACUCCUUCAGCGCACUAGUGAGGUCGAGUCUGCCGCUUUGUAUAGUGGUGUUCACCUGGACUCUCUACUUCAAUACCGCCUACAGUUACCAGGACAUUGUCGACGACAAGAAACUGGGUGUCAACUCCUUGUAUACGCUCGCGGGACAGCAUAUUCACCGCGUACUGACAGCUUUGGCGAUUAUAGUGACGGGAGCCCUCUGUUGGACCCUAUGCCCUCUGGGCUCCCGAUGGUUGUGGGUCUCUUGGCUGGGUGUCUGGAUAAUGGGUUUUGUGGACCAAAUGAGGAGAUUCGAUGCGAAGAAUCCAGGAAGUGGGUCCUACGUCUUCCGUAGCAAUGUGGUGAUGGGUCUAUGGACCAUGGUGGCUUGUCUCUUGGAGGUUGUAUGGAGGGGUUGA